GUCAGGAAGGCAUCCAAGGUGCUUAAGUGACCUGGGAGUCGGCUGUUUUGACGUACCGCUCUCCGUUUGACUUCUUGAAUCGCCAAGCUGUCUGCACGUGUGCAGUGAAUGUGGCUAUGCUAUCUGGCAAUCAUGUCCUGUUAUAGCGUUGCUUAGAAUUUUAUAGCCCGAACUACCUCAUUGUAAUGGUGCUCCACUGUAAUGUGGAAAACCCCAGCCAGUACACACCAGAAAUGAUCUUUUCCAAAAUACAAAUUACCAAUCCUGAGAGAAGCCUGUAAAAUAUGAGGCAGCAUGAAUGGCUUGAUCACUCAGGCUAGGGUGCUGAAAGCGUUAAACAGGUGUGGCAUGCUUUGGAGAAGGAGUGUGCCACUUGAGCCUUGCAGAGCAUGGAGAAGAGCAAUCUGCGGGGAGCAGCAUCUGAACAGGAACAUUGUGUGGCAGAGACCCGAAUCACACCGUGUCAUUCCCAUUCCCGGGAUUUUAUGUCUCCCGGAAAACUCACUGGCAGUGCCUGUGAGACAUAAAAGCAGCAAAAGUUCCAAAAAGGGGAAAAGCAAAAUUCUGCAGGAGGAAGAGGACGAUGAUGAUGAUCCUGAGAAGAGUGACUACGAGGAUGAACCAGAACAGGAAGAUGAUCCCACGCUGCCUAAAACCUACAAAGAUCUUGAGAAAGUAGUGACGUCAUUCCGAUUUGAUCUCAUCAUGAAGGAGGGUCUAGAUACAGCAAGGAACAAAGUUGAAGAUGCCUUCUAUAGUAACAAACUAAGACUGAAUGGAGGAAAGUUAUUGAAGAAGAGUAAAGCGGUGAAGGAGGGAGAUGUGCUGGAUUUUAUUAUUGGUGAAGAUAAGGAAACCGGAUCAGUUACCCUCAUGAGGGUGGUAUUCAGAAAAGUGUCUGAGGAAAUGACAGAUAAGGAUAAAUACAGAGUCACCCUGAGACGCUGGAAGAAUUUAAAGCUUCCCAAAGAGGAGUGUUUUAAGUAACACUGAGCUGUGCUCUGAACUGGCAGAGGGCUCAUUUAGCAAAACUAAUGUAUAAAGUAUGUUCAACCCAAA